AUGGAGGCCUACCAGACGCCUCUGGGGCAAAACCAGUCUCAAGACGGCUUCUCGUCGGUGGCCCCGGGGGCUGUGAAAGACGGCUUGGUCCCCAAGGCUCGAAGGGCCUUAGUCAUCUGGUUCCAGGAAAACUCCGAAGUCAAGAAAGGCGCUCCCAAGCACGAGUUUCUCAAUGAGAUGAAGCAUCUUGGCGCAGUCUGGCAGGGCAUGACCGCCAAGCAGAAGGCACCAUUCAUGGCGAGGAGCAAAGAUGAGUUCAUGGCUCAGCGAAGUGCACUGGCCGUUCUUGGCAUCAGGAUGCGGGGCUCCACGACCAGUGCGGGCGGCCCCGACGAGGCGAAGGACCCCCCUGCCGCUGACGAAUCUGGCGGUCGCGUUGGCCCAUUUGAGCUUAAUGGUGCAAGGGCUCCAAUUGGAGGCGGAGCCUAUGGCAGUGUCUACAGUUGCCAGCAUCCGCAAAGCGGCCUUAACGUGGCGGUGAAGGUUUAUCGUGGCUCCGAUGGCCCCGCGGAUUGCAGGCACGAAGUGGAGAAGAUGAAGCUUCUAAUGAAGGCCGUUCCGCAGCAGAAGAUGAUGUGGUUCCCGCUUCUUGUCAGCUCGGGUGUCACGGGCAGACCUUGGCCAUGGAUGGCUACUAGCCUAUGUGGGCCCAGCCUGGCAACCGCACUUCGAAAUCCUGCGGCGCAUGGCAAGCCGAGGACGUGGUCUGUGGCAGCUCAGCUGAGAAGUGCACUGCAGACCUUGCAUGACGCAGGCAUCCUACACUUGGAUGUGAAACCUGGCAAUGUUCUUUGGUGCCCUUGCACAGAUCAGGUGCAGGUGUGCGACUUCGGCAUGAGUGAGAACAUGGCACGGCUCCAGAAGGCUUCUCAGGCUCCCAGGUUCCUGCAGUAUGUCACGGCUGCCUAUCGACCUCCGGAGCUGUGGCCCGCUCGUGUGAAUGUCGAUGGAGACUGCGGUGUCAGAAAGCAGCUGCUGACUGCAGCUGUGGAUAUGUGGGCCUAUGCUUGCGUGGUGUUUGAGGUGGAGACCGGGAAUCCCUUCAUGCCCAAGGGGGAGGCCGGACUGAGAGCGUGGUGCAAGCAGUGGCCCGAGCUGUGGAAAACACGCAGCGACUUAGCCAAUUGCCCCGCUGCAAGUCACACGUGCUGCACAAAGGUGCUUCGAGCCGGUAAAUGGGGGCUGUUUGUGUUGGUCGGCUGUGCUCCAGACCCCGGAAAGCGGCGGUGGCCGGAGCUCUGUCUGAAUCAGAAAUGA